AUGGUAUUGGAGGCGAAGAAAAAUUCGCCAACUUUCACGGCGAGCCAGCCGUUCGAAUGGACCGAGGUGUCUCAAUCUAUCACCACGAAAAACUCGGGGCAGAAUCUCGAAUGUUUCGUUUCGUGUUCAAAAGACCUGUUCCGACCUUACUGUCUAUUGUUGGUGGCAUUAGACAUUGGCAUCUUCACCAUACAGUCCAUAGAUGCCGGGCCUAAUAUGUCUUGGAUCAAAACAUUCCUGUAUUUCUCUGUAGUUGCUUCUCUCGGAAGCAUCAUGUCUGCCUUUUUACUGCAAAGGAAGAACCAAGAAGUCUUGCGAGUAUCAUACAUGGAGGCGUGUCAACUCAUGAACAGGUUCCGAGAUGCCUCCGGACUGUAUUCUUUAUAG